AUGAAGCCUACAACUAUUGCAAAUUGUUUCCAACAUUGCAAAAUUCGAUCUGAGAAAGAUAUGCCUCUCGAACAAGAAAUUGAUGAUGUUGAAGGCAUUCAUAAAUUAAAAGAAGUAAUUUCUGAUUUACACUAUAGAAAUGUCAUGAAUGUUGAGCAGAUUUUGAAUUAUCCAAGUGAAAAUGAAUCUUUGAUGGAGUCACCUACGGAUGAAGAAAUUAUUCAAGGAGUAAUGGAUGUGCUAGCUGAUGACGAGCAAGAUCAAAAUGACAGUAGAGUUUUACCACAUGUUUCUCCAAAAGAGGCUUUUCUAGCUAUGGAUACCUUGAAGAAUUAUUUAACCAGAUUUGGUUUAUGCCCUUCUAAAAGUUAA